AUGACAGAUUUCUGUGAUGCACUUGGUUACAAGGAACACAACUGUGCAAGUUAUAAUUUGAUGAGGAGAAGUAAAAGUGAGAGACACAGAUGUGAAUUGAAUAAUGCUACUCAUGAAGGGAAUGAAAAUGACUUGGAGGAAAACCCAGAUUAUAUAUACCGCGGAGCAAAGGGAACCUUUCACUAUGAUUCUGACCUUUGGAGCAACAAUGAAGUAUUCAAUGUUGAAGGAGAGCAGACUGUAUUUGACACACAAGAGACCAAAUUGACGACCUACUGGGACACAGGCUUCACCAAGAUCUGUCUCGGGAUGAGGAUCCACGGAGAGGAGAACAUUAAUUUUCUCGUCAUAAACCAUGUGGCUGACUCUUUGUACUCGCUGAUCGCUGACGGACAACAUCGUGCCACCUCAUUGGGUCGUGACACAUGGAAAACGCUUAUUGGUUCCCAGGCCUCCCUACAGCUCAAUUGCAAUGUUGAAGGUUUCAAUACCUUUUGUUCAGGGUAUGAUUACUCCAGAGCAAGAAUUGGUUUUGUUAGCAACAAUGAAAAUGAUUGCAAGUGGUGUGAUUCCAGAAUCGGGUUUGGUACCGGGGGAUAUCCUCAGCACCAUAUUACAUGUGGAAACGUGGCACAGCACGAGUCAGAUAAUGGAAACCAAUUUAUUUCAGCGAUGGAUUACAUUUUUGUCCUAUAAAAAAUAAAUUCAGCUCUUAAACGCGGCAUGUUUUGGCAUGCUUGUCGAGUAGUGCUCCGGUUGAUGAAGGUUAUUCUUACAUGCCACACUCCUGGGAGUGUAGACCUUUGUAAUAGGCCCCUUUAGCGACAGACGUCGCCGGCCUGACGACGGCAACCGGAAACGUGACAUUUCUUUCGAGACGUCACUGCGCAUGUACAAUACGUUGUGACCUGACGUUGCCCUGAGGUCGAGAACGUGAGAACGUGGAGUUUCACGUCGCGACGAAAACGUGAGCACUUAAUCUCUUGUUUUGAUACCUUUUAGCUUACUUUUGUGCUACUUUGGUGCCGAACCAAGGUAAAGUUGCAUAAUGAUUGCCUUUAUGUUUAAAACAAUGUUCUGGAAGUA